CUAUCGGAUCCACCGGCAGUUUUGGAGGGGUGGGCAGCGCCCCAGUAACAACACAGCAAGCUUGGCCAUAUAUUUCCUUCUGCGCAUCAUGAUUUCCGCCUCUACUGAGCUAUCAGAGACGAUGGCAACAGGGAAAGAAAUUCAGUUAGAUAAAAAUAAACGUCUUCCUCCUUCACUGAACCUUGCCAAAGCAAAACAAGCAACCGAUGCCGUAUAUGCCAAUGCCAUUCAACUUCAAGACGACGGCGAGGAUGAUGAAAGUGGGAGCACUUCGGGUGAAGAACAAGAUGUUGAUUCGGAGGUCCAGGUAGCUCGUCCACGUCCCAAAUCGCUCGGAGUUGGUUCUGUCGAAUCCUUGCGCAGUGACUCGUCCGACUCCUCGGUUGACCUGGAGGAGGAUCUUGCCCGUCUUGACAAACUCCGGAAAAAUGUCAAGCAAAAUCUCAAAUUACGACCCAUAAAGUCUACGAGCACGUUGCGAACUUCCACCCGAUCACAGGAAGUAAACGUGCAGAGCCCAAUCUCACCAAGCAGUACGACAUCUGCCUAUUUCACACCUAUGGAUGAACAGCCGUUUGGAGGAAACCCUUUCAUUUCCAAACCCAAACGGGUAUCACUUUCAGAGCCAAAAUCUUCUUCUCUCCUUGCCGCGCCCAGUCCACCAAUCGUUUCUGCACUUCAUCCCAACACUCUCAAUCCACCUCGGACGCCUUUUACACCUCGGACACCUUUUACACCAGGCACUGCUGGACCGGGUAGCACGCCGCAUACUCCUUACACACCGCCAAUUUAUACUUCCGUGAUGCACACACCACAGGCAAUUCCCGCGGGCGAACUGUACUCUAUUCUCUUUGCCUCUUCUGUGUUUAAUCCAGAAUCGCAUAGCCCCAAUUCCAUACCCCUUCUCAUAGAUACCCGACCCCUUGCCAUCCAUACAACCUUCCACAUCCGCCAUUCUGUUCCUAUUGCUAUCCCUUCCUUGAUUCUCAAGCGGUCGCGGAAACCUGGGUUUGGACCUGGCGGAAAGAGCUCCCAAUUUACAAGCAUGCAUUCGCUGAGGCAGUUCGUCACCACUGAUCAUGGCAGGAAAGUGUUCGAUGCACUCUUGGGUAUAGAUGAGCAACAGUCAGUGCGUAAAAGCAGCGAUGAACGGUUGUGGAACGGCGACGUCGUGGUGUACGACGAGGACAUGGACGUGAAGGAUAGGACCAACCCGAGCUCAACACCAUGGUCGUUAAUUGGAGUAAUACAAAGUCUGUUGGACGCAGCUGCUUCUGCUCGACCUUCCAUCCCUACAGCCAUGUCAGCAAUCCAAGAAGAUCUCAGUUCAGCACCCGAAGAAGUCAGAAUUGGAAAGGCGGAUUAUUUGGAAGGGGGCAUAGGUCUUGCGGGCCAUGAUCCGCAAUUACAGACCCUGAUUGUGGGUAACGGAGAUGAUGGCGAGUUUCCCGCUCCCUCUUCCCCAAGUACCACAUUUCCUCAAUCCAGUGAACCCAAACAAUCAUCUACCCCUGCAAAAACAGUACCUACUGCAGCUCUUAAGCAACGCAAAGGUCCUCCUCCGUCACUUGGUCUAAGUGGCAUUGGGGGUUUAUUUCAACUGGAUACCCACCAGGCUAGUUACAAGACUCGAGGCGAGGUUCAAAUCGAUCAGAGUCUUAGUAGCGCAGCCCCGAGUGCGGCCCUAGACAGUGUUCAAAGUGACCGUACAGAAAGACCCUUGAAUACGACAAGACCCUUACUGUCAAGUUCUUUGUCAGGCCUGUCAGACUCUGACAACCAUAUACUAUCUUCUGUUCCCGCGGAUGCAGAGUCUAUCAAUCCAUCCCCAUUACCAAUGAUGCCCACCUUUUCUGCAUCCUCGCUGGCCCAUCCUUCUGUACCACCUUCAAACAUUCACCUCUUUCCACCCAUUCACCCAUCCCUUAAUAGCCCCUCUCCGGAACCGAGCUCGGGUUUCUUCUCUGAUUCAGCGUUCAAGACUCCGUUCACCUCUCUUGCUGACCCCACGCCAUCUCCUCCGCCGAGUAAGAUAAACUUUUCGUUAGGAGGUGGGUCAGGACAUUCCGCGCAUGUGGGUGGUUUCAAGCGGCCACCACCGCCAGGGCAAGUUAACAAAAGGCCAUCAGCGCCCAAUCUCCGCAUAGGUAGUUCAGUUCCUGCAACACCAGCCCCUCCUGUUCCACAAUCAGGACCUCCAGGGUCUACAGGCAAGCGUUUACCAAAAUUGAGUUUGAAUACGGGUGGGGUGGGUGGUCUUGGAGUUGGCGGGGAGAGAGGUACAGGCUUUGGUGGCGGGGCGGGUGGAAGCCUUGGAAGGCGAGCAGGAACUAAACUCAGAAGUGCCACUGUUGGUGGCGGGCCAGGACCUGGUGGACACUGGGGAGACCGGGAGUCUCAAUUUCAAAUUUCAAAUAACCUUCCCAACUUUGGUCCUUCAGCAAGAUUUACGGUUGAGCCGGAAUCAUUGGCUUUUUCGCCUACAUCCAACAAGAAAAAUAUCUUCCAAUCUCUAACACUUCCCCUUCCAUUAUCCAUCAAUGGCAAUGCUGCUACUACCCUGCACCCUCCUUCACCCUCACAUCUGAACCUUACCCACUCUAAUCAUCGUGUGACCCCAAGUCCCCCGGGUUCCGCUCGGCUUUAUGGGUCAUUUUCUGGUGAUCUCAAGCCUCCUCCUAGCCCCGGCUUCGGGAGGACUAGCUUUUCUGGUUCAGGAUUUCCUACGGGAUUAGGCAGCAGGAAUAUCAUAGGUACAAAACCCUCGCUCGCUAGGAAAGACUCUACGCAGAACUCUCAAUCGGAACGCUCCGUCUCAUUGAAGGUCCUACCCCCAGGUCUAGACAAUCAUACCGAAGAAUACGAGCCGUCUUCUCCAUCGUCUAGUGACAGAAGCGAAAGGAGUAGUGCUGCAAGCGAAGACGAAAGUCAAACAUCUCUCAUCUCUCUGACAUCAUGUUCCUCUUCGUCAACAAACUCGCAGAAAAUCGAUGAGCCAUCAACAUCGAUUGACAGGCAUGCAAGGAGCGACAGUGUUAGCAGCGUCAAUAGCAAUAACUCUAGCGGGCCAAAGACAGCCUACUUUACACCUCCUCAUACACCUACACAAAUGGAGCCAAUCCCUCCUUCCGCGCGCCCAACACGGGCGCGAAAGUCACAUUCAACUUUCUUUGGGUAUGACGAAGGAACUGGUGCUGGAGGUGUUCACGGGAGUGGUCAUCCACCAAAUUUGAAUUUAAUCGAGCAUGAAGACGAGUACGAACACCCACCUACUCCACGUACUGCACGACCCGAGGAUGAAAGUGGGUCAGAAACUGGAUUCCCCAAGACCGCUGAUGGAUCUGGACCCGUGCUCCCGCCUCAGCUUUCUGCAAUCGGGUUCUAUGGGCAGGACUUUGACGAAGACACAAACUUUUCUCAGCGGUAUUCAUAUUCAGCCUAUCCUGCGUCCCACGAAGAUGAAUCUUUUGGUGGUUCCUUUGGCUAUCCUCCGCACGCACCUCAUCCAUAUGGUGACCGAGAACGUUCGUCCUCGUUCUCGUCUCUAUACCCUCCGCCGUCCACAGAGUCAGUCGAUUCUGAAGGUGAAGGAGAAGAUCCGAUGAGUUUUACUGUCUCUACGAUCUUGCCCGGCUUCUUAUUUCUAGGUCCGGAGCCAACAAAUUGGGAUCAUGUGAAGCAGCUGAAAGAGUUGGGUGUGAGACGGAUCGUCAAUCUGGCAGCGGAAUGUGGACCUGACGAUUGGGGACUUGGAUUAGACAAGCCAGGCAAUAAAGAGAAAGAGGGAAGUCCAUCAUCGGACGACAGUUCAAAGGAGAGCGGCUUCGAAAAGUACUACAAAAUCCCAAUGAGGGAUACUGUGGAAGAAGAUGGUAUUGGCCGUGGGGUCAGAGUUGCUUGUGAAAUGUUAGACCAUGCGCGCCUGCUUUCUGCCCCGGUCUAUGUUCACUGCAAAGCCGGAAAAUCUCGUUCAGUAACAGCAGUCAUAGCAUACCUCAUUCACGCAAAUCAUUGGCCCUUGUCCAAAGCUUACUCCUUUGUCCUUGAGCGAAGAAAAGGCAUCUCUCCCAACAUUGGUUUUGUUUCCGAGCUCAUGGGCUUUGAGGAGGAAGAGCUCGGUGGGAAAAGUGGGGGUGUCAGUGGAGCCGCAUGGGGGGCCGGUAAGGGAUACGCUAAACACCAUCAUCGUCAAGGAGGAGCUGGUGGAGCAGGGGCUCUCCCGCAACCAAGUGCCCCCGCGGCAACGCGAGAAGAUCAUGGUGGAAAUGCUGCCAGAGGAUCGAGCAGUAACAAUCAGCACGGGUAUGGGAUGGUAGCUUCGACGAGGAAAUCCGGUAACGCGAGAGAGAGCAUGCCUCCGCCCGCCACAUAUGCCCAUCACGGAUACUCAUACUCGGUUAACGAACCUAGCAUAACCUCACGUCUUCUCUCUGAUGAUAAUGAAUCUGGAAGCGGGAGUAGUAGUGGGAGCAAUAGUGCUUCUUCAUCUACAACGGCGAGUCCAGAAAUCAAUGGAGAGUACCGAACAGAAGCUUUGUAUGGGAACAGUCUCGGAGGAGGAGGAACUGGAAUUGGUCAGGGCCCAUCCUUCCCUCCUCUGUCAGCUGGUGGGAUAUUGGCGCUGGGGGAUGCUGCUCAGGAGCUGGAGGUGAGGGAUGCAAGUGGGAGAUAUAGGCAUGCGCGAAGGGCACCCGUGAAUGAAAUGACUUUGCAGCCAAUGAGAAGAGUAAGUAAAGCUGGAUUAGAAAGUGGAGAGUUCUAUCGAGGAGAUGGAAGGACUACUUGGGGUGAGGAGGAGGAGGAGGCUGUUGUCAUUGAAAGCGAUACACAAAUGGAAAAAGAGGAGUAGCAUGGUGAUGGGUUGAAAUCCUCAACCUGCGUCUACUCUUGAUUGAAUUAUACCAAGAUCAUAGGAUACCAGCACGGAUCGCGCGCGCUUAAUUUGAUUGUCUACUCCAUUGCGCGAAGCUAGUCAGGCCCGUUGUAUGACGUGUAGAUUUGUGUCGCUAUCACCA